AUGGGAUAUUAUUUUAGCUUUAUUGUACUAGUUCUUUUUCAGUGUAUUUUACCAAGAGUUUUCUCCACUGACAAACUUCAGUCAGUUGCUAGACUACAAAGACAGACGGAUCUAGUUCUGAUUGAGGUUCUCCAGGCACGUGACGAUGAAUCGGACCUUCGGUUUAUAAUAGAUUCCACCGUGUCCUAUGUUGUUGUAGAAAUAGAGAAUGUCAGGCGUGAGCAGAAUUGUACACUAAAGGAUCCAAACGAUUCUAUCCUCUUGGCAACGGAUGACAAUGAGUCAAGUGGGAUCAAAAAGCGGGCUUCCGAAAGAACUCCAAAUGUAGGUGAGUGGACAGUGGUGUGCUCGGGCGAGCAGACGUACACAGUUUUUGUCUGGGGUCUGAGUGACGUCACGUUCCAAAUCCAGUUUAUGGAUGUUUCAGACAAUCCCACAGACGGAGAUCCAAUACAGGAUAGCAAUGUUACCCUUGGUGUUGAGGUUUCUGGAAGUGAAGAUCUACAAUUGGUUUCCAAUGUUGAAAUUAUUUGCUUGAAUGGGUUUGCUGAUAUUUACAAUGUAUCAAAGUUAGGCGCUGGACGACAACACAAUUUUUACGAGGUGGUCAUUACUGUACCAGAUCAGGCCUUCCGUGUCGGUCUGAUAGCUAGAGACAAAAAGAAUAAUACCGUCCAUAGACAGAGUUCUGUGAUCCGACCCAAGACAUAUACCGUGUCAGUUUCUCAAAUUACAAAAGAUACCUCACCAGGAAGCAAUGUCGUGUUUCUGUACAGUUUAUAUAACAACAUAGAUAGGAACCAAACCUUCAACGUACGAGUCAUACUGGAUUCAUUUAAUCCAAAUGAGUUUGCGAGCAAUGCCACGACUGGAAGUGAAGUUCAAAUCCCUGCUUUCACCAAACAAUAUGGAGCUUUUGACGUCAUUAUAUCUCCUCGAUCCGCCAUAGGGUCUUCUUGUGACGUAACUUUAAGUGUAGAAGGAACCAAUCACAGUGUAGAAUUUAUUAAAGUCUCAUUGGUUGUGCAACCAUCCAAUAUCUCACCUUCUUCAAAAUCAGAUGUGAUGACGUCACCUGAUGGAAUUUCAAGAAAGAGCACACCCACAUCUUUCAUUACACAGAAGAUGACGUCAUAUCAAAGCACAAUGGUUACAGUAUCUAAUGAUACCGUUGUCACGACCACAAGCUUUGCCUCCGUAACAACAAUUUCUCAGUGGACUGGAGACAGGACAAGGAGUACUAUUGGCAGUAGUCCAGAAGCUGAUGUAUCUCCCCCAGCAUUCAGCAAACUGUCCUUUAUCGACAGAUGUUACAAAAACGUCAGGUGUUCGAUAGGAGAAUGGGUGGUUGUGUUUAUGAUCCAAGAUAACGAGUCCGGGGUACACCGCGUGAUGGCAGAGGACACAAUUCAUUCCUUUGUCCAUACAGAGAAUUUUACUGACGGCUUGGCUAAUGUGCCAAUACACGGAAACAUAAGUACCAGUUGCUGUCAGAACGAGGCCGUGUUGAUUGCUGAGGAUGUCAUGGGAAACAAAGGUCGAUAUAACUUGACCUAUGAAGGUCAUCAGAUUUCAACAGGUAAUGGAACAGACACGGACACGUCUGCCACCACACAUCAGUUGAAAGAUUUGGCAGCCAUUGUUGUUGGAUUUUGCGCGGGAAUUCUCGCUCUUAUCAUAGUUUUAACAGUUAUAAUUCAGUUCAAAUCAAAUAUAGUUUCCAUUAUAGCCAAGAUCAAAUUUCCACAUUCUGUAAAGGAAGUUGAGCUACGUGUACCAUAUAAACUUUCGAUAAACCCUGGUGCCAAGGAAUAGGUGUCAAUGUCAUACGAAGAUGCGUCAACGUCAUUGGAAGAUGUGUCAGUCAUAGGAUAGUGUGUAUCGCUUUGUCAUUGUCUAUAAAGUAAACUGUGGUGAUUGCUGGACUAUUAUCUACCGAGGUAGAGACUCUUGCUCAAGAUUUUGUCUGUGAUAUUUAUUUCUAUGUGCAAACAAAUUGUUU